CAUGCUAAAGGGGAAUGAGUAGUUUGGAGUGUCGCUGCAGCUAAACUCGUAUUCUUUCCGCGGCUGUGAUGGGGCGGUGGCUGGUACGCGGCGGCGGUUGUGGAACAUGAGAUUCUUGCCGCGUUUGAGAGUGGCGUUAAAGUCGGCGAGGAGCUUUUGCUUGGAGAUGACUUUGUGUAACAUGUACAUGACAAAACGCACGAUGUUCCACAGCUUCUUGCUUAAUGACAAAGUCCAUGCCUCGUGCAGAACGACCACCACUACGACUGCUUGAAAGACACUGAUAUACAUGGAACAAGAGAAGCCUCACUCACGGGCACUGUUUUGAAGCUCCAGUAGAAACUAGCCACAUGUCCAGCUUGUGUGUUUAUAUACACCCGUCUUUGGCUCGCCUUAGUAUAUCAUUCUGAUACGCCAUGGCGAAAGCAACAGAGCAGAAGAAAAACUCUAUAACAGUGGAAGAGACGAAGCUUGACAUACGCGAUGUGGUCACCACAACAUACGACGAGGAUAACCGUCACGGAGGCACACGCAAUGACGUGGCAAUGGUUGUGCUACGAGCCAUGUGCAUGGCCGUAUCAGCUGUGUCUUUGUUGUUAAUGGUGACAGCCCGUGAGACUACCAUGACAACUCUCUACGGUUUCGAGUUUCAGCUCCACGCCGUUUGGUCUCUCUCAGAUUCCCUCAUAUAUCUAGUGGUGGUUACAUCAGCGACGGUUAUUUACUCAUCCGUGCAACUGGUUUUAAGUGGGACCAGACUAAUGAGAAAAACACCGGUUGUUCCGACAAGAACACAAGCAUGGUUUUGUUUCAUUGCAGAUCAGAUACUGGGAUGUGCGAUGGUGAGUGGAGGAUCAGCGGCUUUAGGUGUGACGAAUAUGAACAGAACAGGAAUCAGACACAUGCCUCUUCCAAAUUUCUGCAAGUCUCUCGGUUUCUUCUGUGACCAUCUCGCAAUCUCCGUCGUCUUCGCCUUGCUCGCGUUUCUCCUCCUCGCCGCUUCUUCUAUUCUCGACGUUCUCCGUCUCUCAGGCGACUGCUAGAGAAUUAUUACUGUUUUACCCUUUUAUGUCUUCUUAAUGAUGGUCUUUCUUUUUGAUAUUUUUGUUUGUUCUAGUUGAUGUCAGUGAAUCUUCCAGUUC